AUGAAGUGUUUUUUACUUGUUUUUUUUGUCUUGAAUUUAACAUUCAAAAUAUCCUUAGCUACAUCAAUUAAUAUAUCCAUCAAUCAUCAAACGUCACUACUAAACAAAAUUAAAACGAGUUUAUACAAUUUUUCCAAUGCCAAUAACAUAAAUGUUAAUUUAUGGAACCAAUUUAAUUUAUCGGAAAAAGUAAAAAUUGCAAGCCAACUUUCAUCAGUAAUUGAAAGUGAUAAAAAUGAAACAACAGAUAAAGAAUUUAAUAAUAAUCUAAAAAAUGAUAAGAAUUUAUUAAAAAGAUAUACAAAUUCCACUGAUUCGCCAUUAAAAUCUUUAGGAAUUGACACUGGUGUCAAUCAAUAUGCAGGUUACUUGGAUAUCGUCUCUGAGGAUAAACAUUUUUUCUAUUGGUUUUUCGAGAGCAGAAACGACCCUGAAAACGAACCUUUGAUUUUAUGGUUGAAUGGUG